AUGGCGAACACUAGUACUAGCACGUUGGAACUGUAUUUAGUUCCAGCAGCUUUCAGUUUACUGGCUCUGUUUGGCGUUGUGGGAAACCUUUUGGUUAUCUUGGUGAUUCUUCAAAGCAGACGUCUUCGGACACGGCUGAAUCUCUUCAUCGUGAACAUCGCAGUGAGUGAUCUGAUCUUCACGGCGCUGUACGGCCCGGUGUCGGCCGUGUCGGUGGCGCGGUGGGGCGGCCUCAGGGACCACGCCGUCUGCGUCGUGACGGGGAUCGUCGGGCUGCUGAGUUGUUACGAGUCCGCGGUGCUGAUUGCCAUGAGCCGCUGCGUCCGCAUCACCAAGAGUCACCGUUAUGACGAGCUGUUCUCUCGUAAAAGGUGCGUGCUUUUCGUGUCAGUUUCCUGGGUGGUGGCCGUAUUUCUUACAACGCCCAUGCUGGCUGGGUUCGGUACGCCAGGGUUCAACCCGAUACUUCUGACAUGCGACUACGACGCAGUUGCAUCCUUUAUCUUCUUCGUCAGCUUUGUGCUACCGUUUACCACCAUCUGCAACGUUAUCAUCAUCGUUUCGUAUGCCAUGAUCUACCGUAAAGUUAAAGCGUCAUCAUCUCGUGUUCGCGGAAACAGGACGGACGAGAACAAAAUCCCGCCAAUCGUUUGGAGCCAGAUCAAGAACAUGGCAGCAAUAUACAUUGCCUUGAACAUCUGUGUGACGCCAGAAGUGAUCAUGAACAUCAUCGCACAUGAGACUGCGGACAACAUGCGAGUCCUAAACCUUGUGGUAAGAAUAGUUUUCACGUGUAAUUCCUGUGUAAACCCGAUCAUUUACACCACUGGAAACAAAGAGUUCCGGACUGAGCUGAAGACUCUAUGGGGACGUGUGUUUCAUGGAGAUCAGAAGCACGAACCAAACGUUGCGGAAAAAAUCAAUAUGAAGACACUGAGUCUUGUACAACAGGACACUGGUGCACAAACCCCUCAAAGGUUUGCGUCCAAUAUCAUGGAAACCCGUCUGUAA